GUGUUGUGACGUCGCCCGGAGUCUGCAGAAAAAACUGGUCAUAUAAAUAGGUUGGCGUUGUGGGUCCAGCGCCAGUGAUCACAAUGGGACGCGUUGGUGAGGUAGCGAGCUUGCUGGCGCUGGUCGCCUUGACCGCGGCUAGUGUGACAGACAACACCCUCGACGGCGGGGAGCGGGUGGUCCUAGUGGCGCCUGUGCUGGCCCCCCCGAGGGACUCCAGGACUCACAGCAACGACCGCGCGCGGCAGUUUCCCGUGCUAGUGCUUCUCGCGCAGCAGAAUGUGCCGCAAGGCCGCUCCGAGCCUUCAGCCAAAUCUUUGGGCGGACCACCCAAGCCGAUUUAUGUUCAGAAACUAGAAGACCAAAAAUUGCAACAGGAAACCACAAAGACUCAAACUAAUCGCCAAAAGCGACACUUGCUGAAGAAAAUCCUCUUGGGCCACGGCGGCGGUGGCGGUGGUUACGAGUAUGGAGGAGGUGGUUUCAGCGUUGGCUACGGAGGUGGCUACGGGGGCGGUGGCGGCUACGGCGGCGGUGGCAACUACGGGGGCGGCGGCGGCUACGGUGGUGGCGGCGGCUACGGCGGCGGUGGCGGCUACGGCGGCGGUUAUGGAGGUGGCUACGGUGGCGGCGGCGGCGGUGGUUACGGAGGCGGAUACGGUGGCGGCGGCGGCGGCGGCGGCGGCGGUGGCUACGGAGGCGGCGGCGGCGGCGGCUACGGUGGUGACAACCACGUUGGUUACGGGAAUCAAGGAGGCGGCUGCGGAGGCGGUUGCGGGGGUAAUGGAGGCGGCACUGCCACUGCCACCGCUACUGCCACUGCUACAGCUACUGCUCAGUCCAGCUCUUACGGCGGAGGAUACGGUAAAAAACGCUAAGUCCGGCUGGACUACAGUGAAAGUCGACGUUACUUAGACAAUUGUAGUUUGUGAAGUAAUCUGUGAUCGUGAGAGAAAAUAAAACAUUUGAAAUGUGAAAAGCAGUAGAGUUAAGCCACAAAAAGUCUGCAGCGAUUAUGAUAGCCCUCGCAGUGCCAGUGUUAUUUAUACGUCAUGAUUUCAUAGAAGUUUGACGUUUAAAAUAAUACUUGCACUGCGUGGGCUAUAAAAUCCGCUGCAGACUUUUAUUGGUCUGACUCUAGGAGUAGCAGAAGCGAAAGACCCUUUUAGUUAAGAAUGUUAUGAUCGAUAUCAGGUACCUUACCUAGUUUCUGGAGGAAUACGUACCUAUGUUAAGAAUUUGUGCAAUGAUUAAAGACUUUGAUUUUUA